AUGGAGGCCGACCCGAAAGCCGGCGAAGCGGCGCCGACCGUGCAGGACUUCCCUCUGUAUCUCGACCUCGGUAGUGGACUCACUGCCAAGCUCGAGGAACACGACUACGCCAUCCUCGUAGACCAUAGGCUAGAGUUCAACGCCCGUUGCUUGGGAUUCGGCAUCAACAUCGCACCGCUUCCAGGAGCACAUUGCAGCAUCGUUGUCAUCCUGUACCCCGGCGACCUGUUGAAGGGUGGGGGGGAGAAGAUCAGGACCUCGAUCCGGCACUUUGACCCGCAGACCGUGAAGCAGUGGCACCGCGACGAGGCGAUCCGCGUGCUGAAGUUUUUCCGGGCGGCGGUCCUGGCCGAGCUUGGGUGCGAUGGUAGGAAGUGGGAGUGGGCGAAGCCUUCCGAUGAAGAGGUGGAGGACAGGCUCGCCGACUGCGAUCAACCCGUUCGAGAUAAAGUGCCCGACGCCGUCCGGGACGGGGACGCGGGCUCCGGCCUGCUAGCAAUGAGCGCGUUGUGCUGGGUGGUGAGGAGGAUGGAUCUCCUGACCGGCGCCAUCCGUCGCAGUGAGACCAGCAUGGACAAGGUCAACGUUUCGGGGUUGAAGGGGCUGCGGAAUGGGAUGAUAACAUUCGUCAAGGAGCACGUCGCUCUCAAACGGUCGGGCCAUGUCGGAGUUGCUGCCGACGCCUGUGACGACGACGGCGAGGAGGCCCCUUUGGCAUCCACAGCAAUAGGUGUCGCCUACACCGUCGAUGAUGCGCGUGGGACUUCGAUCGGAGAGCCCGGAGGCGGCGUCGACAAGGAAGAUGAGGAGGCGGGAAGGGCGGUGACUGGGACCGCGGAGAAGAACCAGGAGGAUAACGAGGAUCAGGAAGAGGACCAUGAGGAUCGUGAGGAGGAGGAGGAGGAGGAGGAGGAGGAGGAGGAGGAGGAGGAGGAGGAGGAGGAGGAGGAGGAGGAGGAGGAGGACAAGGAGGACGAGGACGAGGAGGAGGAGGAGGAGGAGGAGGAGGAGGAGGAGGAGGAGGAGGAGGAGGAGGAGGAGGAGGAGGAGGAGGAGGAGGCGGAGGAGGCGGAGAAGCAGCAAGAGGGGGAGCAGGAGGAAGAGGUCGAGUGGGAGUUGGAGGAAAUGGAGGUGGAGUACGUAGAGGGAGCGGCGGAAACGGCUGGGAGGUCGGCAGAUGUUGUGAACAAGGGAGGGGAGGAUGCCGACGAGGAGAAAGUCGGCGUGGAGGAGGCUCACGGGGGGGGCGAAUCGUGGAAGGCGAUGAAGUCCUUCGCCGAAAAGGCGUCGACGUGGUUGGCGGAAAUCGACGGUCCGGAGGGAAGUAUGGCAGUUGAACGCGCAAAAGCGGUCGCCGCCUUGGGCAACCACGUGGAAGCGGUGGUGGACGAUGCGAAGCUGGGUUUGGAGGACUUCAUCUCGAAGCACCUAGCCGCCGCGCAGGCCAACAUUGCCGCCGCGGUAACUCGCACCAUCGCCGUGCCGCCGCCGCCCCCGCCGCAGCCCACGCCAGCCUUCCCGGACGAGCUCAUGAAGUCGUUCAAGGCGGACGUGUUGAAGGCGGUGACGGAGGCCACCCAGCAGUCGUUUGUUGCGUCCGGGUUAAAGCUCAUGACCGAGGUGAUCGGCAAUGUGGCGGCUGGUCGGCGUGCGUCGUCGCCGUCGGCCAAUGACGCCGAUCCCGCGCAACGAAGGGAGGCCGACAAGCAGGGCCGGAAAAGGGCGGGCGGCGGAGAUGAUGCAGGGAGCGUGAAGCGGAGCAAGGGAGCCGAUGGAGGCCGCGGCGUCGGCGCGGUGGGUCCAGGCGGCUCGCGGACUCGAGGUCAGAGCGUGGUCGACCAGCUCAAGAAGAACGGGGCCAAGGUGAUAAGGUCGCACAGCAAGGGCGAUGGAAUCGGGAGUGCAGAUGGGGGCCAUGCCGACGAGGUUGCCGCACAAGACGGCGGGAAAGGCUUGAGCGACAAGGAGAUCCCAACCGCUCAAACGGCAAUAGAUGGCGGCGCCAGAACCGUCAAGGGACCGUCUGUCGGGGUCGCGGGGACCACGUCGAUUCCCCGAAAACCCCCUGCGGCUAGCAGCGCGCCGGUCGGCCCGUCAGCCGCCAACAACGAUGGGCCGGCCCUUGUGGCUACUCCAGCUGCAGUGGGCCCGUCUGCCGCCAAGGGCGACGCGAAGGAUGCUGCGGCUAACCGCGACGGUCCGUCCGCCUCUAAGGUGCCCGCAGCGGCGAACGCGCUCAGGGAAAUGCUCCACCGCAUGGAGGCCCAUCGCAAGGACGUGCAGCAGCCUCCCUUGGUCGAUGCCGCCCCCGCCGAAGCAGCACGCCGCACGGUCACUCCGCAGGUCGCCGCCACAACGCCCAGUGCCCCACAUACCGCGCCUCUGGUCGCCGCCCAUCCAACUGCGGACCCAAAGUCCGCAUUGCUUCGCGCUCGGUUAGGCGCACGUAGUGCGGCAGCGCCAGCACAGACUCGGUCGGAAGCCGGCUCAAGCGCGACGCCGACGUCGGUAAACGAGGCGGCGGAGAAGGGCGUGAGGGCAGCGCUAGCCACCGGCGGCGGAGCCGUUGACCAUGCACAGGCGUCGAUAGGCCACAACGACGCCGACAUCGCUGCCAUCCAGAACCUGUUGGAAUCGGUAAAACGCCCCGGGCACCCCGCUGCUCUGGCCAUCUCGGACACGGCGCAUGUGGAGCCCUUGGCGAAUCCCCCCGCUGGUUCAGCGGAGCCAAAGACGACCACUGAUGCUGUCGGCGAUGGAGAGUCGAAACGGAAGGGGAAGGCCGACACAGUGAAAGGGAGGGCGAGCUCUCAGAGGAAAACACGGGCGAUGUCGGCCGAGACAGGGAGGGAUAAGGCGAAGGAGAAGUCGGUGGAGAAAGGGAAGGAGAAGGCGGAGGAGAAGGAGAAGGAGAAGGAGAAGGAGAAGGCGGCGGAGAAGGAGAAGGAGAAGGCGGCGGAGAAGGAGAAGGAGAAGGAGAAGAAGGAGAAGGAGGAGAAGGAGAAGGAGAAGGAGGAGAAGGAGAAGGAGAAGGAGAAGGAGAAGGAGAAAGGACGGAAGGGUCAUGGCAUCCGCCACGACAACUCGGGCGACGGUCUUGGGUGGGUGGGCGAGAUUAAGGUGCUCGGCGCUAAUCGAUACAUCGGCAAAUCGCGCGAGAAGAUGGAGCUGGCGUACUUGCACUCGAUUGCGUACAUCGUCUACGACGGCUACGUCAGCAAGGUCCUCAUGGCCGAGCUCACCGGCUUGGAGGAAACCGAGUUGGAGAAGUGGAGGAUGGUGUGGGAGGAGGUCAAGAUUUUGCCGACAGGGAUGUGGACGGUGAUAUGGGCACGGGGCGCGUACCUUCAAAAAACACGGUUCGAUGACAUUCUCGGCCAGUAUCGAGCGUACAAGAGCUCAGGCGAUGCGCACCACGACGCGCUCUUGCCGGCGAUCUGGUUCCCCGUCGAUGCCGUCACAAAGGAAGGCCAGGAGAAGUCGGAUGCUAUGAUGUCGGCCAUGAUAGGUCGCGUGUCCAUGUGCGCUGCGUAUGGGAAGGUCGCUGCGAGCGCGGCGAGGAAGGAGGGAGACACUGAUGAGAAGACGGCGAUUGCGGCACAGGCGUUAUCGGCCUCCGCUUGCGCCGUGUGGUGCUUAGUCGAGAACGACGACGCCCAGGUGGUCGAUGCUGUGGGCGAAGGGAAGGCGGCGGCGAUGGUGGUCGGUGCGAGCGAGAAGACCGCCGGUGUCUUCAAGGAGGUCAUGCAGGCGGUGCUGGAGGCCGAGAUCGACCGGGAGCAACCCUUGGGGGAGGUUGCGCACAACGUCGCGCCGGCGCUGCAGAGUCUCGCUCUGCACCGGGUCUACCCGGGGGUGGAUCAUGAAGUCGAAGCCGACGUGAUUGCUAGAGCGACAGUGGAGACAUUGGCGUUCUGGGGAAUGUGCCCCGUCGCCGGCCCGAAACUCGAAAAGAUCGGCAUCGCGGUGCCGUGUGACGCGCAGAUGGAGUACGACAUUGAACACAGGGGGAGGAAGGGGCAGAGAGGCAAGCAGGGCAAGGACAGCACGGGGAAGAAGGGGAAGAAGGGCAAGAAGGGCAAGGACAGCACGGCGGCGUAG